AUGAACUGGGAGGAAGACAACGCCUGGGUAGAUUUAUCGAACAUAGUGCGGGAAACAGCAAAGGAAUUAUUUGGUGUGACAACUGGGAAGAAGAAGGGGGACAAAGGAGACAUGGAACGAAGAAGUACAGGAAGAUAUUUGAGAAAGAAAGAAGCAUGGAAAGAGUGGCACAAGAGAAAAGAUCUGAGAAGUUUUUGUACAAACAACAAGGCAAAGGAGGCAGUAGCGAAAGCAAAGAAGGAAGCGAGUGCGAUGUAUGAGAAACUGGAUGCGAAAGAGGGGGAAAACAUGGUGUAUAAAGUGGCAAAGCAGAGUGAUAGAGCAGCAAAGGAUGUACAGCAUCAGGCUGAUAAAGGACGCUGA